AUGGGAAUCUUACAGAGUGUUCUUCAAAAUCUGGGCAAUGGUACAGACGCAGAGGAAAAUAACUCGGCGCGUGAUCGUAAUAAUGCCCGCUAUGCAGGAAACUGCGAAUAUUAUUACCGUUACUCAGAUUAUGAUGAAUUCAGUUACACAAAAACUCGUCCGGUUGUGAGUGAAAAUGGCGGGAAAAGUAGUUCAUCUUCUUCUUUGAGACCGGCGGUGAAAGAGCCGCCGAAGUUAACCGUGAGAUGGAUUAAGCAUUACAGUAGCAGCCACCGGAUACUUCUCGUCGGAGACGGAGAUUUUUCGUUCUCCGCCUGUUUGGCGGUGGCUUUUGGCUCUGCUUCCAACAUGAUCGCCACCUCCCUUGAUUCUCAGAAUUUUCUAAUGAGGAAUUAUAGAAGUGCAUCAUCAAACCUAAUGGAACUGAAGAUUAGGGAGUGCAAGGUGAUGCAUGAGAUCGACGCAACCGAAAUAGCGAACCAUCCGAUAAUUGGAAGAAUGAAAUUCGACCGCAUCGUGUUCAACUUCCCCUUCGCUGGAUUUUUCAAGGAAUUGUCACGUGAUGCCCAGCUGCUGCGUCACAGGAAACUAGUGAGCGAGUUUAUGAAGAGUGCAAGAGAGAUAAUAAGUGAAGGUGGUGAGAUUCAUAUAUUACAUAAGACCAAUGGUUUCCACAAGGAAUGGAAACUCGAAUCGCUUGCUUUGUCGCACGGGCUUAGGCUGAUCGACGCUGUCGAUUUUAACGGUUUUGAUUAUCCAGGGUACAACACCAAGUGUGGAUUCGGGGGCGACAAUAACUUCAAUUGCUACCCUAGCAAGACAUACAAAUUUCGACUCGGAUAUAAUUGGAACUAA